AUGAUCAGCCAUUCUUUCUUUACAACACUCAUCAAACCCCUUACCUUGGGAAAACGUACAAUCAUGGAAAGUGAUGCUAGGGAAAACUUCUUUAGCACAUCUACCACCAAUACUAAAACAACCACCACAUUCACAUCCUCCUCCCCUUCCUCUUCAACAUCAUCAACAACAACAACAGCACCAACAUCUUCUACCUCAAACUCAAAUUCAUGCAUCAAACAAGCCUCCAUAAAAAGCCCUCCAAGUGACUCAACAAGAAGAGCUCAAAACUCACAAAAUGACAAAAAAAGGCAGAGAAGUGAGAAUGAGGGAAAACACUCCACUUACAGAGGUGUAAGAAUGAGAGCUUGGGGUAAAUGGGUGUCUGAGAUUCGUGAGCCAAGAAAGAAGUCAAGAAUAUGGCUUGGAACAUACCCUACAGCAGAUAUGGCAGCUAGAGCACAUGAUGUAGCAGCUUUAGCUAUCAAAGGCCAUUCAGCUUACCUCAAUUUUCCUAAUUUGGCUCAACAUCUUCCAAGGCCUCUCACCGCAUCUCCCAAGGACAUUCAGAUUGCAGCUGCAAAAGCAGCAACCAAUUUCUUUGAGGAGACUAAGCAUUGUCAAGUUGAAGCUGAACAUACCAAAGCAGAACAAGGUUCAUGUUCAAAUCUAUCAUUGGAGAGUACUCAAGAGUCAUCAAGUUCUCCCUCUAGUAAUGAUGAUGACACACUGUUUGACCUACCAGAUCUUUUCCCAGAUGGAAAAAAUGGACUUUUCUCCUAUUCUUCUUCUUCUUCUUCUUGGCAUUUAUGUGCAGUUGAUACUGGGUUCAGGCUUGAGGAGCAACUUUUGUGGGAGAAAUAG